AUUCCUGAUCCAAAAUGUAUAUAUUUCCACCAUAUACCCUGCUCCUGAUCAUCCUCCGCAUUAUGAGUGUCCGCACGAUGAGCUUCGACCUGCCCCACAACGGACACGACGCCUCCCUGGCUAGCUAUCUGGACAACAUCAACGAUGACGUAUCUACCCAGGGCCUCAACUGCGAUGGGAAUGGCAGUUCGGCGGUCACAGUGAUGCCAUUACCUUAUCUGGGAUGCACCGAAAACAUGGACGAUCGGGAUCGAGGCCACGAUUGGGAUAGAAAUACAGCCAGGGAUCGGGACAAAGACAGGAAUAAAAAUAGAGAUAGGGACAACUGUGACUCCUGUGACAGCGAUAUGUUCAAUUCGCGGCUGAAGGCCACCCACAUUGCCCAGAAUGCCGCCCAGGUGGCCAAGGCAGCCAAUGAUGCACAGGCGGCCGCCGCCCAUGAUGCAUCGCGGCAGGCGAAGAUGCAGCUGGCGGAAAAGGCCAUCUCCGCCGCCCGUGCUGCCGAUGCCGUGCUCGAGGGCAAGCAGGCCAUGGUGGACAACUACGCUAGGGAGAUCCGGGAUGCCGAGGAGGUGGUCGGACAGGUGCGCUGCUCGCUGGAGAUCAGUGAGUCGAACGUGGAGGCCGCCGUUGCCGUAGUCAAAGCAGCGGAGCUUCAAGCCGAAUCAUUCAGGGUCCUGGUGCAACAGACGAGUGGCACUCUGUCGGAAAUGGAAGGCCUAAUCGACCAGGCGAACGUGGAUAUCGAAGAAAAGAAUCUAAUGCUGGCGGCGGCGAAGGCGCGUGGUGACCGCCUGGCCCGCCAGGUGGCGCAGGCCAAGUCGGAGUACGAACAGGUGAGGGAGGCGGCCUGUCGCGCUGCAUCCGCCGCCGUGGAGGCCAAGCAAAAAGUCACCUCCGCCGCUUUGCUGUGCAAGACAACGCCUCACCGCCCACCCAAUGCGUGUGGUAACUCACUCGACAGGAACACCUGCAACGCUCUCCUGGAUCUCUACAGGCAGCGCCGACGGCAGCAACAGCGACUGCGGCGGAAGAUGGUCCUGAACGAACUGGAUCGCUAUCAAGGGCAUUCACUGUACGGGGAUCACUCAUACUAACAAAUGCGCUCCCCACUGACUGAUACCUUCCACGUCUACAAUUCUGUUUUUCUAAACGCUGCGAAUUAUAUUCUCUAUUUGGAUAAGAGUUUCCAGUUUUUUCAACAGUUUAAGGGUAUUACUUCUAUUUCAGCGUAAAUAUUAGAUCGAACUAAAGAGCUUGCACAUACAAAUGCCUUCAUGAAUGUAUUGUCAGCGAUGUACAUACAAAAAAUGUUCCUCAUAUCAAGUGACCACCGUAGCUGCCUCAAUACACAAUUGUUUACCGACAAAUUCGCCCGACAGUGUCGUAAUUCUUGCGAAAUAAACAAUAACAAUGGAAAAUGGGUGCAAGGCCAAGACGCAACGAAACACGAUCGCAAAGAGAACAAGAAGAGUGGGAGGGGGAAUAGAGAAGGAGACAGU